AUGUUUUCUCCAAGGUUACUCGGUCUACUGUGCUGCUUAGCGGCGGCCAACUGCACGGAAUACGAUGUUGAGGACCAGGUGCUCGUUCUCAACGGCAGCAACUUCGACAUGGCCAUCAAGGAGCACAAGCACGUGUUUGUCAUGUUCUACUCCCCGCUCACGGUCGACUACCACGCCUUGUCAUCCGUAUAUGCCAAGACCGCUAAGCAGCUCGUGGAGGAAGGCUCGGACGUCAAGCUGGCCAAGGUGAACACCAUGUACGAUCAUCAGCUCUUUUGGCACUACGCGCGCGGCUUGCCAACCCUCACGUUCUUCCGAGACGGACAACCGGCCGAGUACAAGCGUGACCACACGGUAGAGGAGAUGACCCAGUGGAUCAAGAAGAAGGUCCAACCUCCGGCUCAGCUACUAACUACCGUGGACGAUGCCAGGGCCUUCGUGGACAGCGCGAACGUCACCGUCGUGGGCUUCUUCAAGGACCAGACGAGCGUGGAGGCCAAAGAAUUCCUCAAGGCUGCGUAUACCAUCGAAGAGCACGCUUUUGCAAUCACUUCGGAGGACGCAGUGUACAAGGAGCUUGGUGCCAGCAAGGACGGAGUUGUGCUCUUUAAAAAGUUUGACGAGGGCAGGAACGUGCUUGCAUUGAAGCCUACCUGUGACAGGAUUCGGACAUUCGUCGCCGUGAACAGCCUGCCCCUCGUAUCGGAUUUGACGAAGGAAAAUUACAAGGACUUGAUCAACGUCCCUGUUCGACAGUACAGCAUACUCUUCUACAGCAAGGACAGUGGCGAUAUGACGGAAGUUCUGGAGAACUUCAGGGAGACUGCUGCUGCCUUCAGGUACAAGGUGGUCUUCGUGACCAUCGACGUUGAUCAAGAGGACGUCAGGAUGAUCGUCAGUUACUUCUUCAUGGGGAAGCGCGAUGUUCCCGCCCUUCGAUUCGCAAACCUCGAGCGUCCCCAAUAUGCGAUUCGCUUCAAGCCCGAGACGAACUCGCUCGAGGCAGAGGACAUCAAAAGCUUUGUCCAGGGCGUGCUGGACGGCACCAUCAAAGACGAACCUCUUUUGCCAGGUCAAGGGGACUUUGAAUCGCAAUCCGCCCAGGUGGUCGUGCAAGAGAACUUUGACGAGGUAGUGUUCGACAAGACCAAGAACGUCCUUGUGCUGUUCUACACGCCCUGGUCCAUUCGCUGUUUUGCUAUGACGGUAAUCUGCGAUAGACUGGCCCCCGAGUACAAGGACCGCAAGGACUUGCUCAUCGCCAAGAUGGACGUCACGACUAAUGAGAACGAGCACACAGAGAUCCACAGCUUCCCCACCUGGAGGCUGUACAAGAAGGAGACCAAUGAGGUUGUUGAGUUCAACGGCGAGCAAACGGAAGAGGGGCUCCGCGCUUUCAUCGACAUCACGUGCGGCGAUGCACAUCCAGCAGGGGUUGAAGAUGAAAAGGAGGAGAAAGAGGAAAAGGAAGCGAAUGAGGAAAGGGAUAAAGAAAACAAGAGGGACGAACUUUGA